AAUGCGCCACCGCGCACGCAGUGGCGCGUGGGUACACAAUUAAAAAACUUUGGUUAUGCGCGAAGAUGUUGUUUAGAGAUUGAUACGGCAGAGACUUUCUUACUUUAGUCUUUUUUACAUUAGACGAGAACACAAAAAAGCGCCGUAAGUAUCAGCCGCUCAGGAGCGUCAUUUCCGUUUUCUCCUGCUCCUGAAAAUUAUAUCGCGGUCUUUUGCGUGUAACCACAAAUCUUGUGUGAGAAAAAUUCUUGCGCCACGAAGGCCCGUUCUUUCAGUCAAAAGUAUACAUGCGAAUGUAAAGAAUGGGGCGAAGCCGCACUCCGUCGCCAGGGAGACGGAGGGAUCGGUCCCGAGAACGAGAUCGCGACAGAGACCGGCGGAGAAGACGGUCGCGUGAGAGAAGACGGAGAUCCGUCGAGCGGGACAGGGUGAAGUCGAGAGACAGGGAGAGGGAUCGGGAGCGCGAGCGAGACCGACACAGGAGAUCGUACAGCAGAUCCAGGUCGCGUGAGCGCGACAGAUUGAACAGAUCGAAGCCGAAACCCUCGACGAACGAGCGACCCGUUAUCACAGAAGCGGACCUUCAGGGCAAAACGCCCGAGGAACAAGAGAUGAUGAGAAUAAUGGGAUUCUGCGAUUUCGACACCACUAAAGGUAAGAAGGUAGAUGGGAACGACGUAGGCGCGGUUCAUGUCAUUUUGAAAAGAAAGUACAGGCAAUAUAUGAACAGAAAGGGUGGAUUCAACAGGCCUCUGGACUUUGUCGCGUAAUUCGUCUCUAGUACAAUUUUAAGUUGCGUCGUGUAUCGACGACGAAUAGAACGAUGUUGCAAACGAGAUGAACACACAUUGGGAUUACUAAUUCCACGAUUGACGAGCUAACAUGAGUUGUACUUUAGUUUAUUACUUUGAUGCGACAUAUUGUAGUAACACAAGUAUAUUUAAUAAACUCACUCUUUGCAUAC